CGCGAUUUUGAAAAGAAAAUUUCUGUAUAUUUAAACAUAAGCAAAGGUCAAUUGUAUACCUUGUAUAAUUGUAUUGUAACAAAACAUGUAAACAAAAGAACCGCAAGCGUUAUAUAUCUUCAAAUUUUAAACUACGGUGUAUCAAGUUAAAGUCGAAAUGUUUGGCUUGAACAGAGCAAUGUUGGGAAGAAGUUACAGCAGAAUUAUAUUGGCACGAUUUCGUCAUAGUCAAGCGGGAUACCAAGUUAAGCAUAGAGAAUUUUUUGGGUUGCAGCAUCCAUAUUAUUCACUUAAUUUGUGCUUAGUCUGUGGAUAUCACACUCAAACCAUAUCCAAUGCUACCCUUAUUGAAGAUGGUAUUAGAUCUAAACAUAACCUUAGUUUCCGCAAUCUAACCCCUCCUAUGAUAUCCAGGCAGAAACUUUGUACAUACUGUAACCAAGCACAUCAUAAUGGCAGCAUUUUAUCACACAAUCAUAGACUGAACAGCCAGCGAAAUGGACUUUUGACACCCAUUUUAAGGCUGGAUUUUUCACAACUGCAUGGUCAGGAAGGAAUAAAGUCUGUAGAAAUUCCCAUUGCGGCCAAAAUGAAACCUCUCACAGCAAAAGAAAUUAAGCCGCUACUUAACCCAGAGGAGAAGUCAAAGGUUGAGGAAACAUGUGAAAACCUUAAAGCCAAAAAACAGGCAGAAACAGCUAAGACUUUGAUUGAGGCCAUGGACGAAGCUUUUCAACCAAAGAAACCAGAACCAGAACCUGUCAAGAAAUCAUUAGUUGAAAGAAUUGUUCAUGAGGUCAAACAUUACGCCAACGGAUUUCGAUUGUUGUUUAUUAAUAUUCGGAUAUCUGUGAAAGAAUUGUGGAAAGUGCUGAAUGGCCAGGAAUUAUCAAGGAGGGAACGAAAACUUUUUCUACGAACAGUCUCGGAUCUUUUCCGUCUCGUUCCCUUCAUGGUAUUUCUGAUCAUUCCAUUCAUGGAGUUUCUCAUUCCUGUUGCGCUAAAGCUGUUUCCAAACAUGUUGCCAAGUACUUUUGAAGACAAGACCCAAAAGGACAAGGCCAAAAGGAAGCAGUUGAAAGUUAAACUGUCUAUGGCAAAGUUCCUUCAGGACACUGUAGAAGAGAUGGCAGUGUCUGCUGAAAACCAAGAGAGCCAGGAUGAAACAAAAGCGUUUUAUGAUUUUAUCGAAAAGAUUCGUUCAAGAGGAGAGCAACCCAGUAACAAGGAUAUCAUAAAAUUCAGCAGAUUAUUUGAGGAUGAAAUUACUCUGGGAAACAUGACCUAUGCCCAGUUGAAAGCCAUCAACAGGAUGUUGGCCUUGCCGACUAUUGGUUCUAGGACGUACUUGCGUUUCCAGCUAAACAUGAAACUCAGGCAGCUCAGAGCUGAUGAUGUUUUGAUCAAGAAAGAAGGUAUUGACAGCUUGACAGUAUCUGAGCUGCAAUCAGCUUGUCAAGCAAGAGGUAUGAGAGCCUUGGGCGUCCCUACAGAAAGGUUGAAAUCGCAGCUAAGUCAGUGGUUAGAGCUGCAUCUGGACGAACAUGUUCCGGCCUCGUUGCUUCUGAUGUCUCGUGCUUUAUACAACCCUGAGAAGCUUGCGGAUCCCGUCGAUCAAAUAAAGGCCACGCUGUCAACUUUACCUGAAGACGCGGUCGAAGAGGCUGAAGUCUUGGCAGCUGAGUUAGCCGGGGAGGAGGCUGAUCCACAAACGAAGAUUGAUCUGUUGAAGAAAGAGGAGUUGUUAUGCGAGGAAGAGAGGGUCGAGGAAGAGAUUUUGAAAGAGGAAGAUAUGAAAAAAAAGGAAGUGUUGGACUCAACUGAGCUAAUGGAGGCCAGAGAGAUUUUGUUUAACCAGAUGGAACUGCUUAAGGAACCCAGUCCAUUCUUACAUCGAGAUGAUGAUCAAAUAUCCAAAGAGGAAUGGAAAACGCUGGACCAAUCUUGGAAGAGCAGCCAUGAUGCGGCUAAAGAGGACCUCCAUAGGAUACGCGAGGAUCGCGUAGAGUACCAGGAGGAACUGCGGGAAUUGAAAUCUCUCGAUGUCAUGAACACGAUGAAAGAAAGUGCUGCGUCAGUACGUAUCGGAAAACGAGUUGAUAAACUGAUCGAAGAAUUAGAGCAAGAACUGGACGAUAUAGAAGAAGAUACAACAUUGGUUCUGGAUCAAGACAAAGAUGGAGUCAUUACAACAGCAGAGUUUCUCAAUUACAUGAAAGGAAGAGAAGGAUGUCCUAAAGCCACUAAAAUUGAGAAAAUAUCGAAGAUUUUAGACGAAGAUCACGACGGAAAGAUAAGUGUUGCUGACCUCAAUAAGGUUUUAGCUCUGAUUGCUGAGCAAGACGUUGAACUAAAAGAACCGCAGAUAUCUGACAUCAUUCGCGUGGUUACCAUGGAAAAGCAAGCUGAAACACAAGCCCCAUGAAGGAAUCUAACACCCAGCUAAGUGGAAACAUCGUAUAGCUCGUUUCUUCAAAACAUACAUUUUUAACGACCCAAAUAUGCGAUAGAUCAUUCCACUAUUGAACUAAAUUUUGAAUCAGGAAAGUUCAUAUUUACAGUUAGAAAGAGCAUCUUCAUUUAAUAAAAUUGGGAGCUUUGGUUACCGAAUAUCUUACAGUUGGUUUCAGCAAACUUUUCACACAAAUAUUUGGAACUUUGUUUGGAAAUUCGCAAGUUCGUUACGAAGUUCAAAUAUUCCUAAUUAAAUUGCAAUCCGUUUUGUAAACAAAGCUUUUUACUGGUUCAGAAUUUGAAAUGAUCCAAUCAAAUGCGUUGUUUGCAAACCGUUUUAAUGUUGAUUUAAUUAUGAAUUUUUGAACUUUCGAACUUGCGAAUGAAUUUCUAAGCGAUAUUCCGAAUAUUGGUGUGAAAAACCGACUGUCGGGCUGGAUUUCAGCAUGCAGCGAAGUGGUUCGCUAGCGAAAUAUUUGCAUAUUUUCUUUUCAAUUUUAACAGCAUAAAUAAUUGCUGUUCUCAAUUAGAAAGGAAAUGUGCAAAUAUUUCGCUAGCGUCUGGUGAACCAUUUCUCUGCAAAUCGAGUCUGCAAGGAAAUCCAGAAUAACAUGCACAAUUUUUUUCCACAAAAGCGUUAUAACACUUCCCAAUUUUACUAAAUCUUGGUUGUUAUUUCUCUGCUGUGCGGCUCUGUUCUGACGAAUUUUCCUUGACCUUGUUUUUCAAAAGUGAGUUGGUGGAAUGGUCUGUUAAAGGAAAUAAAGGAAAUAAUAACUCAAAAGCAGACGUAUUUGUGUAAUGAAUAUAUUAUCAUUUGUGGUAAUAUAUUUGAAAUACUAUAUGCAAUGGAAAUCUCUGAUUGACUUUAACUUAAUGUCUUUUACAAAUAAUUAUUAUAUGGGAAUCAAUUAUAUUACA